AUGGCGUCAGUGUCUUCUCAGGAGGAGGAUUCCUUCACUUGUCCAGUCUGUCUGGACUUGUUGAGGGAUCCAGUGACUAUUCUCUGUGGACAUAAUUUCUGUAUGAGGUGCAUAAAUGGCUGCUGGGAUCAAGAGGAUGGGAAAGGAGAAUACGGCUGCCCCCUUUGCAAAGACACCUUCAACUCCAGGCCUGUUCUCCGCAAAAAUCCUCUGAUUGCUGAAAUGGUGGAGAAGUUCAGGAAGACCAGCAUCCAAGCUGCUGCUCCUGCUCGCUGUUAUGCUGGACCUGGAGAUGUGGCAUGCGACGUCUGCACCGAGAGAAAACUCAAAGCUGUCAAGUCCUGUCUGGACUGUUUGUUAUCCUACUGUGACACUCAUUUGAACGUUCACAAUGAAGUUAAUCCAGGUAGACCACACACCAUGAUCGUUGCCACGGGCCAGCUACAGGAGAGAAUCUGUCCCCGUCAUAAAAAGGUUUUUGAAAUAUUCUGCCGCACUGACCAGAGUUGCAUCUGCUAUCUGUGUACGAUGGACGAUCAUAAAGGCCACGACACGAUCACGGCUACAGCAGAGUGGAGUCAUAAAAAGGAGGGGUUGGGGCAGAGCCAGAGGAGAUGCCAGCAGAUAAUCCAGUUGAAGGAGAAGGAGCUGCAGGAGCUGAGGAAGGCUGUGGAGACUCUCAAGUCUGGUGCACAGACAGCAGUGGAGGAGAGUGAGAGGAUGUUUACUGAGCUGAUCCGCUCCAUUGAGAGAAGGCGCUCUGAGGUGACAGAGCUGAUCAGAGCUCAGGAGAAGGCUGAGGUGAGUCGAGCUGAAGGACUCCUGAAGCGACUGGAGCAGGAGAUUGCUGAGCUGAAGAGGACAGAUGCUGAGAUGAAGCAGCUUUCACUGACACAGGAUUCCAUUCAUUUCCUCAAGAAUAUUGUGUCCAUCACUGGGAGGCCUUACAGCACAAUUUCAACCAGCGUGACCAUCAGCCAAAGCUUCUCCUUGGAGCCCCUGAAGAAAUCUGUGUCUGCACUGAAGACGCAGCUGGAGGAGAAACUAGAGUCAGUCUUCAAGCAGGAAAUAGUCAAGAUAUCUGCAGCAGCCAUCACACAUGUCCAGAUCAUCCAGAGCAUUCAGUAUCCUGAUCCUGAACUCCCAGUCAGAAGAACAAGCAGCAAAGAGGCCAUUCCACCAGACAUGUCUGAUGGCCAGGCUCUUACUGCUGAACCAGUUACCAGAGAGGACUUCAGGAAGUGUGAGUUGUAG